AUGGGCAUCAUCAUAGCAUCGAGGCUUAGGAUCAAGUACCUCGCAAUUGCAGCAACUUUACUCGGCUUCAUCAUAUACUUCAUCAUUUACCAACAGCAAGAUGCAGUAUACGGGGCCAAGAUGCUGCCUUCGCUCCCGAAAUGGCUGAAGAACAGUUUCAGCUCGGGAGAGGAGACGCCCAAAGUGACACUACCUCCUUGGCAGAAACCGGAUAACCAUCCGAUAUCUGAGCUGAUUGAUGCCGCUCAAACACACGUUGCCGAAACUCUGAAGAAGCGGUCAUGGAGCGUUGAGAAUGCUGCUCGGCGCUAUCGCGAGCGACGAGGUCGUCACCCGCCGCCCGGGUUCGACGCCUGGUUCGAGGCAGCCAAGGAGAAAAACGCAAUCGUCGUCGAGGAGUUCUUCGACCGCGUGUAUCACGACAUCAAUCCGUUCUGGGCCAUGGAUCCGCUUGAAAUGCGACGACAGGCGCACGAGCAGCCUGAGCUGAUUCGUGUGCGGGAUGGGAAAGUCAGCGUCCUGAGGCACGACCCAGGUCGCGUCCGAUGGCCCCAGCUGUGGUCGAAGCUGCUUGAGGAGAUGGUGCCACACCUACCCGACUUGGAUAUGGCGAUCAACAUCUUGGACGAGUCACGGAUCCUCGUGCCCUGGGAGAAUAUCACCGACUAUGUCGCAACGGAGAGACGCUCACGCGGGCUCUUCCCAGCCCACGAGGCGCUGGUAGAAUACGCCGACUAUUCUGAUCUGGACGAAAACCCCGUUGCUUACAAGCCAGAAUGGAUUUACGACGUGAAGAAGUAUUGGGAUUACUUCACACCAACCUGCCCGCCCGACAGUCCAGCUCGCCAGUUCAAAAGCCUAAGCGAUUACGGCGAAAAUGUUACCGACCUGUAUCCGACAGAACCACUGCACUAUACCCACCGCGGUUUCAUAGAAAACUUCACAGCGUCCCAAGAUGCUUGCAUACAGCCACACCUCCGUGGCAUGCACGGCUCUUUCGUCGAGAGUGGAGAUAUGAGAACGCUCACACAGCUCUUCCCCAUGUUUGGCGGUUCGAAGCUUCCGCAAAACAACGAGAUCCUGAUCCCAGGCGCCAUGUACCUCACUGACAAAGAGUUCUACUCUGGAGGUAGCGGCCAUGGCGGCCCGUGGAGCGAGAAGACCGACAGCAUUGUCUGGCGCGGAGCCGCGAGCGGCGGAAAGAACAACAAGGACGACUGGUUCCACUUCCAACGCCACCGCUUCAUCCAAAUGAUGAAUGGCACGACCGUCGCGCAGGUGGAAGCGGGCGAAACCGAGGCCGGCCCAAGUUUCGAGUUGCUGCAGAACAGCAUGUACAACGUGUCGGCGCAAGAGGAAGGAAAGCUGGGCCCAUGGCUCGAUAAGAUUAGCGACGUCGGGUUCAGCCGUCUAGAUUGCUUCCCCGAAGUGAUUGGGCUCUUUGGCAAGAAGCUCGUUUGUCCCUACAUCGAGCCAUACAUGCACAAGGUGGAGUCGAAGACGAUGUCGGAGCAAUACAACUACAAGUACCUGCCGGACGUUGACGGCAAUUCCUUCUCGGCGAGAUGGAGGGGCUUUCUGCUCAGCAGCAGCUGCCCGCUGAAGUCGACAAUUUACACGGAGUGGCACGACGAUCGGCUCAUACCCUGGCUGCAUUUUGUCCCGUUUGAUAAUUCCUACAUGGACAUCUAUGCCAUCAUGGAAUACUUUCUCAAUGGACACGACGCGCAGGCGCAGAGGAUAGCGCAAGAAGGCGCGGAGUGGGCCCAGAAGGUACUGAGGAGAGAGGACAUGAUGCUGUAUACCUGGAGGGUGCUGUUGGAGUACGCCCGAGUCGUCGACCCGAACCGCGACCGACUCGGCUAUGUGAAGGACCUUGUGCAAAGCGAGGUACAUUAA